GCUUGGUACGAAACACUUUGCACUAAAAAGGCCAUCUUGCUUUUCUUCUACUACUCCGCUUCUGUUGCGGAGUGAAAAAGAACUCUACUCUCUUUUGGCGCGCCUUUGGGCUGGGCCCCAGGCAGGCAGUAUGAGCUAUGAGGACACACACACACACACACCCUUCUCCUCCUACUCAGGUCUUUUUCUCAUAAAUUCUUCAACUCCUCACCCCCUCCUCCCCCCAUUUCCAUCUCAAGUUCCAUACCAGAAGAAAGGGGAGCUGCUGCUUUUGCUUCUUUUUUGCUUUUUGUCCUCUCCCAAAAGUUGUUCUUUUGCUCGUUUUCUGAGAAGAUUUCGACUCCAAUUGCUCAUUUUCGAAAGAAAGAGAAAAGGGCUGUUCAAUUUUUUACUUGUGUUCAGACAGGAGGAGACAGAGUUGCUUUUGUUCAUCUUUUUUCGUUUUGGAAAGAGUUUCUUCAACUCUUUUUGUUUUGUGUUUCUGUGUAAUCUUUCCAAUUAAACAGGAAGAAAAGGGGCCGUUCUUUGUAAAGCAGCUUCGUGAACCCUUUUUCCUCUUCUUUUUUGGUAAAAUCUUUGGUAUGAUUUGUGUACACUAAUCAGUGAGCACCUGGUUUGGUUGUAAAAUGUUGGUACACAAGCUGCAUUUGUCCGCUUUUCUUUUGCUGAAUUUUUGUCUACACAUACACUCUGGCGUUUCUCUGAAUCCCGACGGCCUCUCGUUACUCUCGUUAAAAUCCGCCGUGGAGGAGGCCGCCGCUUUCUCAGACUGGAACGAGGACGACGCGACGCCAUGCCAAUGGACCGGAAUUUCAUGUGCCAACAUUUCCGGGUCGGAUGAUCCACGAGUUGUCGGAAUAUCCGCUGGGGGAAAGAAUCUCCGGGGGUAUAUUCCGUCCGAGCUUGGCAGCUUGAUUUAUCUCCGGCGACUGAAUUUACAUGGAAAUAAUUUUUAUGGUUCAAUACCUGAUCAGUUGUUCAAUGCUUCUUCACUGCAUAGCAUCUUCCUUUAUGGUAAUAAUCUCUCUGGUUCCUUGCCUCCCUCCCUAUGCAGCCUCCCGCGCUUGCAAAAUCUUGACCUUUCAAAUAAUUCUCUCUCCGGGCCAUUCCCCAAGUUUCUGCGUAACUGCAGGCAGCUACAGCGGCUAAUUCUUGCUGGAAAUAAGUUUUCAGGUGAGAUUUCAGAAGGGAUUUUCCCUGAGCUUGCUAAUUUGGAGCAGCUUGAUUUAUCUGCAAAUGAGUUCAAUGGAUCCAUCCCGGAUGAUAUGGGAGAGUUGAAGUCAUUGUCAGGGACUCUGAAUUUGUCAAAUAAUCAUUUUACGGGCAAAAUACCAAAAUCUCUAGGUGAUUUACCCCUGACUGUGAGUUUUGAUCUUAGGAAUAACAAUUUGAGUGGUGAGGUUCCGCAGACAGGGUCGUUUGCCAAUCAGGGUCCAACAGCAUUUCUGAAUAAUCCUGAUUUGUGUGGUUUUCCAUUACAAAGGUCAUGUAAGAAUAACUCAGAUGCUGCACCAGGGGUUCAGGGUGGUUCUCUGGAUAACGAGGGGGUUAGUGAGCGGAAGGGGCUGAAGCCAGGACUGAUUAUUUUGAUAUCCGUGGCAGAUGCUAUAGGUGUGGCAUUUAUAGGAUUAAUCAUAGUUUAUAUUUAUUGGAAGAGAAAGGAUUCUCAUGGAUGUAGUUGUACUGGGAAAGGGAAGCUUGGGGGGAAUGAAAAGGCGGGCCUGUGUGCUUUUCCUUGUAUUAAUGGUUUUCCAAGCAACGACUCAGAAGUGGACUCGGAAAAGGGUGGUGGUGGAGCUAGCGGCGGGAUGAGUGGUGGGGAGGGGGAUCUAGUGGCGGUUGAUAAGGGGUUUAAUUUUGUGCUGGGGAAUGGAGUGCCAGUGGCUGUGAGGAGGUUGGGAGAAGGAGGGGAACAAAGGUAUAAGGAGUUUAUUGCAGAAGUUCAGGCAAUUGGGAGGGUGAAGCAUCCAAAUAUAGUGAAGUUGAGGGCAUACUAUUGGGCACCCGACGAGAAGCUUCUGAUCAGUGAUUUCAUUUCUAAUGGCAGCUUAGCUUCUGCCCUUCGUGGAAAGACAAAUCAGCCGUCAUCCAGCUUAUCAUGGUCAACCAGACUGAAAAUCAUCAAGGGAACAGCAAGGGGCUUGGCGUACCUGCACGAAUGUAGCCCGAGGAAAUUUGUCCAUGGAGAUAUAAAACCAUCAAACAUUCUGCUUGACCACGAAUUCCAACCAUACAUAUCUGAUUUUGGCCUCAACCGGCUAAUCACCAUCACAGGCAACAACCCUUCCUCAUCCGGAGGCUUCAUUGGCGGCGCCCUUCCAUAUCUCAAACCACCUCAAUCAGAAAAAAUAAACAACUAUCGAGCACCAGAAGCUCGGGUCCCCAGCGGCCGACCUACCCAAAAAUGGGAUGUCUACUCAUUCGGAGUCGUCUUACUCGAGUUGUUAACGGGAAAGUCUCCAGAGCUCUCGUCUCCAACCAGCUCGACCUCUACAGAGAUUCUAGACCUCGUAAGAUGGGUGAGGAAAGGGUUCGAUGAAGAGAGCCCAUUGUCGGAUAUGGUCGACCCUGUUUUGCUCCAGGAAGUACAUGCCAAGAAGGAAGUACUAGCUGUAUUUCACAUAGCUCUUACAUGCACAGAGGGAGACCCUGAAAUCCGACCGAGGAUGAAAACUGUCUCGGAGAAUCUUGAAAAGGUCGGAACAUGAGCAACUCGCAGUUGUUGUUGGUGUCAUUUUGCAGUGGACAAAGCAAGAUCCUUAUCAAGUGCCCAAGUUUUAUCCAUUUGUUGUGAGAAGGAGGAGCAGAAAAUUUGCAGAGGUUUCAACAUUCUUUUUACUAGAGUCACCUAUAGCUACAGCUUUAUUCCCAUUCCAGUUCAAAUGAGUAGAAAAACAAGCCAAAAUAUGUGUAACUUAUCUUAUUUUUCAGUUUGCAUUUGUAAUAAUAAAGACAUGUAAGUUUUUCUCCUUUCAUUGAGAUGACAUGACAUGACAUGA